AGCUGCACACGCUGUGGCAGAACGAGGAGCGCGCCGCCAUCUCCUCGGGGAAGCUCAACGAGAUCUGGCACCGGCGCCACGACUACUGGCUGCUGGCCGGCAUCGUCCUCCACGGCUACGCGCGCUGGACCGACAUCCAGAACGACGGCGCCUUCGGGGUCAUCAACGAGCCCUUCAAGGGCGAGGCCUCCAAGGGGAACUUCCUGGAGAUGAAGAACAAGUUCCUGGCGCGCCGCUUCAAGCUGCUGGAGCAGGCGCUGGUGAUCGAGGAGCAGCUGCGCCGCGCCGCCUACCUGAACAUGACGCAGGACCCCAGCCACCCCGCCAUGGCCCUGAACACGCGCUUCGCCGAGGUCGAGUGCCUGGCUGAGAGCCACCAGCACUUGUCCAAGGAGUCGCUGGCGGGCAACAAGCCGGCCAACGCCGUGCUGCACAAGGGUAAGAGGCGGCAGGGCCGGCGCGCCCGGCGCGGGCGCCCCGUGUAGCGCCCGCCUCGCUCGCUGCUCUGUACGCGCCUCCGCGCCAUUAAAGAGGGGUUUGCUCC